AUAGGGACUUAUCAUCUUCGAAGUCGGAGAAUUGCUCCACAGAAUGUCUAAUCAGCAACGGGCUGGACGAAGCUAGAACGCUUAACAAUGACGACCAUAAUAAUAUCGUGGACUUAUCGUCUGAUAUAUCAACUGCCCUACAUGAUCCUUUAUCACUAAACCACUCAAGCAACGACGGAGAUCUACAGAUAACGAACCUAAAUCUAUCUUUCAGUCCAAAUUUACAAACUAACUGUGGUGAUAAUUCCGUUCAUAACAAAGACGGCAAUUUGCACGUUGUAAUGCAGACGGGCACUCAGAGUGAGCAAUGUAAACCUGAUAGUACAACUAAGAGUACAACGAGUGUAAGCCAAAACUCGGGACCUUGUGAAUGUGUGA